UGAAAACCAAGUGAGGAGAUGAAGAAUUGCAACGUAGUACACCAGAGAAUACAGACACGAUAGAAGCUACAGAUAGAUGCUGACCAUCAUCCAAGGAACAGCUGCAGAGCAGAUACAUAUUGAUCAUUACCCAAGGAACAACUGCAUACCUGUGGGAAGACACCCAGUCCUUUCACAGCAUUGCCCAACACAGAACAGGCUGGGCAGUGAAACCAUCGUCUCUAAAUUAGUUGGGUCAGGGGGACUUUGACGCAUCAUCAGAUCUGAAACUAGGUGGUGUGUGUCAUUGGGUCUUCCAUCAGAACCAACCUUGCUGAAGGUUUAGCUAUGGGUAAUCGGUCAGGGUGAGGCUUGGAAGAAAUGUGAUUGGGCUCCAAGUGUGGUGAAAGCUUAAAUCAUUCAUCAAGCCUCAUGAAUCACUGACUCAUUCCCACAGGUGAGAGGGUGUUCAAGUGUGAGGUAUGUAAGGAAGAUCCUACAGGCUCAUCAGAUCUCCGAACAGACAAGCUGCAUCAUAUAAGGACAGCAACAUGGAAGGGAAACCAUUUAAGUGUGAGGUUUGUGACAAAUCAUUCUCACAUUCGUCUUACUUUCGUAUACAUCAACGCAUUCACACAGGGGAGAAACCAUUUGAGUGUGGGGAGUGCAAAAAAUCAUUUGUUCAGUCAUCAUAUCUUCGCAGACACCAACGCAUUCACACUGGGGAGAAGCCAUUUACGUGUGAGGUGUGUAACAGAGGAUUCACAGAACUAUCGAGCCUUGUGAAUCACCGACGUAUUCACACAGGAGAGAAACCAUUCGUGUGUGAAGUGUGUGACAAAUCAUUCUCAAGGUUAUCAAAUCUCCUUGCACACCAGCGCAUUCAUACAGGGGAGAAACCAUUCAAGUGUGAGGUGUGUAACAGAGGAUUCACAGAACUAUCAAGCCUCAUGAAUCACCGACGUAUUCACACGGGGGAGAAGCCAUUCACUUGUGAGGUGUGUGAUAAAUCAUUCUCGACAUCAUCAAACUUCCUUGCACACCAACGAACUCAUACAGGGGAGAAACCAUUCAAGUGUGAUAUUUGUGAUCAAGCUUUUGUGAAGGCUUCGAAUCUUCUGAUUCACCAGAGGAUUCACACAGGGGAGCGACCUUUCAAGUGCGAGGUUUGUAACCAAUCCUUUUUGAAAUCUGGGAACCUUCGUGUCCACCAACGCAUGCACACCGGGGAAAGACCAUUCAGGUGUAAGGUGUGUAACAGAGACUUUGCACAGUCAUCGGCUCUUGUGGGUCACUACCGCCUUCACACAGGCGAGAAACCAUUCAAAUGUGAGGUGUGUGACAGAUGGUUCGCAAGAUCAUCAACGCUCCGCACCCACCAACGCAUUCACACUGGGGAAAAACCGUUUAUGUGUGAGGUAUGUGACAAAUCCUUCUCGAGGUCCUCACAGCUUCUCCUUCAUCAGAGGAUUCACACGGGAGAGAAACCCUUUAAAUGUGAGGUGUGUGACAAGGCUUUCACACUGGCUUCAUCACUCGGGAAUCACCAGCACAGUCACACUGGAGAGAAGCCAUUGAGGUGUGAUGUGUGAGAGAAGUCUUUCUUCAAGACAUCAGACCUGAUGUGCACCAGUGCAUUUACACAGAUGAGAAACCAUUCAGGUGCAAUAUCUGUGACAAGGCUUUCACCUACUCCUCUGAUCUCCCAAAUCACCAGUGGAUUCACAUAGGGGGAUAAAUCAUUCAAAUGUGAAGCACAUGAGAAGUCAUUCUAUCACUCAGUAAACAGUCCGCGGACGCCAUCGUAUUCACGCGGGCAGUAGAUGAUCAUACCCUAGUGUUCUGCGAAUCCUCCUUUCGGCGAGGCAAUGGUCUAGUGGAAUUAUUGGUGGACUGUUAAUCCAGAAAUCUAGCUAAUGUUCUGGGGAGCUGUACUUGAAACCCACCAUGGCAGAUGGUAGAAAUUGAAUUAAAACAAAACCUAGAAUUAAGACCCUAACAAUGACUACAAAUUCAGUGUUAAUUGUUUGGCAAACCUAUUUGGUUCAGUAAUGACCUUUCAAGAAGGAAAUUGCUAUCCUUACUGGGUCUGGCCCACAUGUAACUCUUACCUGCUCUUCAGGCAGUUAGGGAUGGACAGUAGAUAUUGGCCUAGCUAGUGACACCCUCAUCCAGUGAAUACAUGAAAAAACAUUUUAAGAUGGUCAUUGCUCCGGAGGAUCCAUGCAGGGUAGUUAUCUUCUGGUUUGAGAUUUGUGCUAAAGCAUUUGGAACAUCUUUGACACAUCUGGGACACACAGGGUGAAACCAUCAACUGUGAUCUUUGUGAUAAGAUUUUCACCCAGUUUUCUAGUCACUUGAAACAUCAGUGGAUCCAGAUUCUGAAGUGAAAUCAUUCAGGUAUGAGGUGUGUGACAAGACUUUCACAAAGUCAGCAUAUCUCAUGAUCCAUCAAUGUACUCACAUAGGGUGGUACCCUUAUUAGUCUAAGUUCGGUAAAAAUCUUCACAUUGUUGCCAGACCCCUAGAACAUCAAUGAGACAAACCCUUCUAGUGAGACAUGUAUCAGGAUUAUUUCACCUUUUCGUGUCUCUCUGUACACUGACAUCUCCAUGUGGAAUUGGAGCCAGGACACCUGAUCCCGUUGCACUGAGUGUUGUCUGUGUGGUUUACCUUCCAAUGAUGUUCCAAAUCACUGUCUGUCUCAGCAGCAUCUGUCUCAAACAUCUCCCAAAAUCAUUCCAAACGUUUGAAGAAGACCAAAUGUUUAGAAGCUCCUGUGCAAACUCUGCUUCUUUUUAGUGCAGUGUUAGGUACAAGUCACUCACUCUCACUCUGACCAAGAAGACAAUCAGUGACUCAGUGGUCACAAAGUCUUCAGCUUCUGAUCAACCAGCUUAAGAACCUGGGGAGGAGCCAGUCCUGGGGUAGUGAUUGAGGCACCUCGAUUAGCCUCAGUGUCUCUAGUCUAAGGAGGAGGAGAAUCAGCCAGGAAUCCCAUUCCUCAUCAAUGACCCCAGCUGGGAAGUCAGGAGGAGGGCAGGAUGUGUCUUGGCUGUGACAGGCUCCUUUGUCUCAGAGCAUUCACCGGCUGGCUGUCCACGUGCUGAAUGGCCACUCAGACCAGAGUACCAGAGGCCAAUCAAUAUCCACUGUCUAUCCUACAGGUCAGUACUUUGAGGAUUGGAGGGAAUGUGAGAGGACAACAGUUGUGUUUGUGCAGUGCAUUUAUAGAGUAAAACACGUCAAAAGUUUUUUAUAGACAUGUAAUGAGACAAAAAUUAACACUGAGACCGAGAAGGUAAUAUUAAGAGGAGAUGACAAAGACUGUGGUUGGAAAAGUGGGCUUUAAGGAUCUUCCUGAAUGAGGAGACAGAGAUGAAGAUGCAGAAAGGGUUAAGAAAACAGCUUUAAAGUAUGGACACUGGAUGUUGUUGUUAAUGUUAAGGCUUGGAGGAGUGCAGGGACCUUGGAGGGAGAUUGGGCUAAAGAUAACGAUGAUUGGGAAGGGUGAGGCCAGGGAUUAAUUUGUAUUUGAACAUGAGAAUUUUAGAUUAGAACCUCUGGGGGACUGGGAACAAGUGUUGGCCAGUGAGCACAGCGAUGAUAGGUGUGAGAGUUAGAAUAGAGAGCAGAGAGUUUGAGCUGAACUGAGUGUUAUGGAGAAUGGAACAUGGGAAGCUGACAGUAUUGAAAUGAAGAACAAAAACAGAAGUUACUGGAAAAGCUCAGCAGUUCUGGUAGCACCUGUGAAGAAGAAAUCAGAGUACUGAAAUGGUCUAAUUGAGAAGCAGUAAAGGCCUGGAUGAGGGUUUCAACGGGAGAUGGGGAGUAGUGUGUUGUUGGAAUUGGGUAAUGCCACAGAGAAAGUAGGUGAUCUUUGUAAUUAAGAGAGUAUGAUGCCAGUAACUCAGCUGGCAGUUGAAGAAACCAGCCCUGACCAAUUGUUAUUGGAACUGAGGGUGGAGAGAAUAAUCGAGAAGAAUUUAAGCAAUGUAGAACUGGAUUAAUCCCUUGAGCCUGUUGCACCAUUCAGUGAAAGCAUUUACUUUGUCUACAUGCCUUGACUCUGUAAACCUUGACCCCCUUUUCUAAGAAUAAGGCUGCAUUUUUUGACAUCAACACAUCUACUUUAAACACUGUGUGUGCAUAAAACUGGAUGGAGGUUGGGUUUCAGGGAGGAGAGAGUUUGGGACCCAGGAGAAGAGGGAGAUUUGGAUGGAGAAGCUGCAGCCAUUUAGGGCCCCCCUCCCCAACACUGGUCAGAUCUUUUUCUGCUCCCGUCCAACCUUGAGUAUGUUCUGUCCUCGGGCUCUUCCCCUUCCAACUCCUCCAGCUCUCCCUGCUAUCCCAGUGCCAACUCCUUUCACACCCAGCUUCUUGGGUCCCUAUUCCCCAACUUUCACUGUCCUCAGAUCUGCCCUCCCCUGCUUGCAAUCUAUCCAUUCCCCCUAGCACUGCAAUUUCCACCCUCCAGGGUCCUGAUCAAUUGUCCUGCCUUACUGUAGGUAAAGGUAAGAUAUGGGGAUACAGAUAGGUUGGGGGCUGAGCGAUGAUGGGGGUCCUGGGAAGACAGGAAUGACAGUUGGCAUGGAGGCACUGGAGAGAA